CUUAUUCCUUGGAGGCCACAUAACACAAAACAUAUUGUUCUCUCUACUUGCGUUUUCUUUCUUUCUUCUCCACAAAGCAUAGUAAAACACAAUCAUCAAACAGGAACAUGAAUUGGGUACGAGGAGAAACAAUUGGUAGAGGAAGCUUUGCAACUGUUAAUUUAGCUAUACCCAAAGGAAAAUCAAAUUCAAAUUCCACUCUUUUUUCUUCUCCGACAGCCGUCAAAACCUCCGAGGUAUCAACUUCGUAUUCACUCAAAAACGAGAAACAAAUUCUUGAUUGUCUAGGUUCACAUCAACGAAUCAUUCGUUGUUUCGGAGAUGAUCAUACAUUUGAGAAUGGUGAAAAGUAUUACAAUUUAUUCCUCGAAUACGCCUCCGCCGGAACACUCGCUGAUCAAGUGAAACUCCACGGUGGCCGGAUUCCAGAACAAUACAUUCGCCGUUACACGAGGUCAAUUGUUGAGGGUUUGAGUCAUAUUCAUAGCAAUGGAUUUGUUCAUUGUGAUAUAAAGCUUCAAAACAUUCUUGUUUUCCACGAUGGUGAAAUCAAAAUUGCUGACUUUGGUCUUGCGAAGAAAACAGGGGAGGAACAGAGUGAAAAACAGAGGUAUGAAUGCAGGGGUACUCCGCUGUGUAUGUCACCGGAAUUAGUGAACGGCGGUGAGAAUGAGUCGCCGGCGGAUAUUUGGGCACUUGGGUGUGCGGUGGUGGAAAUGGUAACAGGAAAACCAGCGUGGAAUUUGGAGAAAGACUCGAAUAUGUGGUCGUUGUUGCUUCGAAUUGGUGCCGGAGAAGAAUCGCCGGUGAUACCAGAAAAGUUAUCGAAAGAGGGAAAAGAUUUUCUUCGGAAUUGUUUUGUGAAUGAUCCAAGAAAGAGAUGGACGGCUGAGAUGCUUUUGAACCAUCCUUUUAUUGAAGAAGUGAAAGUGAAGAAUGUUAAUGAACCAUCACCAAGAACUCACUUUGAUUUCGAUGAUUGGGUUUCUAAUGUGAGCGAUUCAGUUCCGAAUUCACCGGAAUCUGAAGAGUUUUGUAGAUGGGAUGUUGGUUCUAGUUUUUGUUCGGUGGGAGAUCGGCUCCGGCAGCUUGUGACAGUUGAAAGGCCGGUGAAUUGGUCGGAAUCAGAUGGUUGGAUUAGUGUUAGGUGAAAUUGGAAGUUUCUUGGCAGAGGUGAAACAGAGUAAAUUAGAAGUAGAAGAUGGAUUAGUGAUUAAUUUUGAUUAUUCAAAUUCGUUUAUUUAGAAUGUAAAUUUGGUAGGACAUGAGCAGAUCCUUGAUUUAGGAUCUUAUUAGUUUCUGAGGCUGAUUUUACAAUACAAUACAUAUUUUUGCCUUUUCUUAA